CGGUCCCGCCCCCGCACGUUCCGUGACGCACUUCCUGCCGCCGCAGCGCGGUGCGGUGCCGCCGCCAUGUCGGAGGAGGUGCCGGGCCGCGCCAUGACGCUGAGCGAGGUGCAGCAGUUGGUGCGGCGCAAGGACGAGCUGGAGGCGCAGAUCCGGGCCUGCUACCAGCUGCUGGAGGACCAAAAGGGCGUGGGCAUGGACGGGCCGCUGGUGGACGCCGAGGGCUUCCCCCGGGCCGACAUCGACCUGUAUCAAGUGCGCACCGCGCGGCACAGCAUCGCCUGUCUGCAGAACGACCACAAGGCUCUGAUGAAGCAGGUGGAGGAGGCUCUUCACCAGCUGCACGCCCGGGAGAAGGAGAAGCACGCCAGGGACGAGGCGGAGGCGCGGGCUGAGGCCAUGAGCCAGAGCCUGCCGCCUGCCUUCGCCAAAGUCAAUGCUGUGACACCAGAGUCUCCUGCCAGCACCUCGGGCCUUCAGGUUGAUGAUGAGAUUGUGGAGUUUGGUUCUGUCAAUGUGCACAACUUCAAGAGCCUGCAGAACAUUGCCACAGUAGUACAACACAGCGAAGGGAGACCUCUGAGUGUGACUGUGAUCCGCAACGGCAAGAAAGUGCACCUGGGGCUGACUCCGAAGCGCUGGGCUGGGAAGGGCCUCCUGGGCUGCAAUAUCAUUCCCUUGCAAAGAUGACCACAGCUCAGAAGACAAUAAAGAUGAAGCUUGUGCCUGCUUUCUGGACUCUGAUUUGAUUUGAAAGCUUGCCCUAUGAUCUUUGUUUUGCUGAAAUGAGUGUUUCAGAGGCUGUGACCUCUAGGUGGCUGGGCUUGCGGAGUCUGAAGAGGUUCUGAUGGAGCAGGGCCUUAAUGCAGUUGGAAUUGCACUGGUUUGUGAGGAGCAACUCACAGAGUUGCAGGAUGUGGUUUCUCAUCUCUUGUGCCUUGCGUCAGUUUGGAGUAAGGCUGGAGCGUAACUCAGAUUUCACUUGAUACAGAUUUGGAAGAGCAUAAAAUGCUUUUAUUUGGUGAUAAUAUGGCAUUCCUUCUUUUUUUUUUUUCUCCUUGAAAUUCCUCACUGAACAUCUUGUAAAAUAGGAUAAAAAGUCCUGGAACGAUUUUCUUUUUUUAACUUAGUAGAUCACAGUCAAGAAAUGUGCAAAUCUGGUACUUUAUCUUUCCCAUGUGACCACAGCUGCUGGAAGUCACUAACUAAGAUAGCAUUUUUGGAAUGCCUAAUUAUUUUAAGUUAACGAAGUAAGCAUUGGGGUUAUAAUUCUGUCUUCUAACGUAUUGAAGUACUCUUAAAUUUUUUUAUUUGCUGCAGUUGAUUUUAGGAUGUAUAAACACUUCAGGGGGGUUUUGGGGUGAUUGUUCUUGUUUGUAAGAUUGUUUCCAGUUGAACUUUGAAUUACUCAUCCCAAUGAAUAAAACUGAGUAAUGUCUCUCUC